AUGGCCUCCUUCCUCGUCACAGGAGCUUCUCGCGGCCUGGGCCUCGCCCUCACCAAGGAGCUCGUCUCCCUGCCAGCUGCCCAGGUCAGUAUGAUCUUUGCCUGCGCCCGCGGUGACGCCCCUCCUCUACACGAUAUCGCCAAGGCGUCCCACGGCCGCGUCGUUGUCAUCAAGCUAGAUGUCACCGACCAGGCCUCCAUCAAGACGGCUGCUUCCCAGGUCGAGACUGCUCUAGGCGGCAAGGGCCUGGACGUGCUGAUCAACAACGCCGGUGUCUGCCAAUACGCCUUCAACGGUAUCACGUCCAUGGACAACCUCGAGGAGAGCUUUGGCAUAAACGUUCUGGGCGUUCACUGGGUCACCCGCACCUUUCUUCCCCUUCUGCAGAAGGGUACGCUCAAGAAGGUCAUCAACAUCUCCACGACCAUCGGCUCUAUCGCCCUCGCCCGCGACGCCGCCCUCCUCCCCGCCCCCUCCUACAAGAUCUCCAAGGCUGCCCUGAACGCCCUGACCGUCCAGUAUGCCCUUGAGUAUGAAAAGGAGGGAUUCACCUUCGCGGCUCUCUGUCCUGGGUGGCUCAAGACUGAGCUCGGUGGUGGCGACAUGGCCGAUCUUACUCCCGAGCAGGGCGCCAAGGCCUCGAUCGAUAUCAUCUUCAAUAAGACCCAGGCUGAGAUCAACGGCCAGCUGCCCAAGGUCUUCGUCAAGGGGUGGGAGAAGCCCGGUGGCCGCAACGUCUACGACGGCACGAACGCCCCGUGGUAG